AUGUUUGAUAGAAUCGCUUCGCGAUGCGUGACGGCGGCGGUCACGAGAACGCGCUCAGCCUUCCAGGGUAGAGAGGCACGCCGACUCUCGAUCUCGCCCAGAGAACGGCCAAGCUGCGACGGCACUAGGCCACAACACAUCGCAAUCAGAGCGCCAACCGAUGCGCGUUCGUAUUCUACAGGCGAGGAACGAGGAUACCUUGAGCCGAGGGUGCAGCAAGUGGGUACGCCGCUCAACACACUCGAUUGCGGGACCUUGUUCAUAGUCAAGGUCCCCGCCAUCGGUAACGGGGUGGAACACGGGAAGAUAUACGAGUGGCACAAACGAACGGGCGACCAAGUGGAGCUUGGCGAGCUCAUUUGCGUCAUAGAGACCGACCAGGUGGCUGGCGUGGUGGUAGAAACUGUGGGAAAUGAGGGUAAGGGGUCGAAAAAUGCAUCACUAUCCACUGCAGGUUGCAAGGUCAACGUCGGCGGUGACCUCAUAAUAAUACGCCAGGACGACGAACCCGAGGAAGGCGACGAAGACGCAGAAGCAGAAGAUGGGCAAGAGGAAGAGUAG